AUGAUUGUAAGGGAUACAAAGAAGAAGGAGAAGGAGAAGGAGCAGGAGGGGGUAUGUCCUGUAUUAGAAGCCCUGGUGAGUCGCAUGCGUUACGUCAGCAGUCAUUGGGGCUUCCGCAUGCGUUUUAUGGGGCUUUCUACCGCCUUAGCCAAUGCAGAAGAUAUUGCCGCUUGGUUAGGAUUUGCUCAAAAGGCAUUUUGUCCUCGCAUGGCAGCAAUGAAUAAACCUGCAUUUGAUGCAAUGAUGACGCAUGCAGUUGUAGAAGGACCAGGAGACUGUGUCCUUGAUGGGAGACAGGGGGUUUAUAGUUCUAACGAGACUAUUCUUCCUGUUGCUGCUUCUGGCGCUGCUGGUGGUCUUGGUACCCCUAGUCCUGCUGCUGCUGCUGCUGCUGCAGCAGCAGCAAAGCUCAGGCCCGUGCUAGUCUUCGUCGCUUCUAGGCGACAAACACGUCUAACUGCUCGCGAGCUAAUCGCACUGCAACACAUGCAUGAUAAUGCUGUUGCUUUUCUUUGUCUUUACACCGAGGAACAGAAAGCAGAAUAUGCAAAAGCCCUCAAAAAAGUCAAGGACCCAACCUUGCGUUCUGUGUUGCUGCAUGGAGUGGCUAUACACCACGCGGGUUUACCACCAGGAGAUCGCAACAUUGCUGCUCAUCUUUUCGCUUUAGGUUUGGUUCGUGUCAUGGUCGCAUCUGCUACGCUUGCAUGGGGUCUUAACCUUCCCGCUAGACUCGUCAUCAUUAAGGGUACGGAAUAUUUUGACGGUAAAACAAAGCGCUACACCGACAUGCCCGUCACAGAUAUUCUGCAGAUGAUUGGCCGUGCUGGUCGUCCUCAAUUUGACAGGCAGGCGGUGGCAGUGGUGUUCUGUCAAGAAAGUAAAAAGGGUUUUCUCAAGCGAUUUCUUUAUUCUCCUUUUCCUGUUGAAUCUUGUCUCCAUCUAUGCCUCGCUGAGCAUCUCAAUGCAGAGAUCGUCGCCGGCACUAUUCGCACCAAAAGCAUGGCCGUUGAUUAUCUCAGCUGGACGUACUUCUUUAGACGUUUGGCUGCUAACCCUGGUUACUAUAGCUCGGAGUUACUUGCCGAGGAUUUUAGGGGAGGAGGUGCAGCAGCAGCAGAGAGACGUCGAGCUUUUAUUGCCAAGUUUGUAGAUCGUCUUGUAAACUCUUCCCUUGAUUCUUUAAUUGAACUUGGUUGUAUUUCUUUACGUCUCCCUGAGCCAUGGGAGCAGCCAUCAGCAGCAUCAGCAGCAGAUGGAGCAGCAGAAGACAACAAGCCUGGAGAGGAGCUUACGGGAUUCCGCCUUGUGCUGAAACAGCAGCAGCAGGAGAAGGACCAGCAGCAGGCAUUUGAGCCUAUUAUAGAGGCAACUCCUUUAGGAAGAAUUGCUUCUUUUUAUUAUAUUCAGCCACAAACAGCAAAAAGAAUAAGCGAUAAAAUGCAAGUCGAUGCUUCUCCUCUGUCCUUUAUUGAUAUCUUCAGACUUCUCACUGACGCGGAAGAAUUCAGCCAAAUGCCACUUCGACACAACGAGGAGAUUCAUAAUGCGGAGUUAGCUCGUAUUUGUCCCUUGCCAGUAUUGGGGGCUGGCUUUGAGAGUCCCCACACGAAGACAUUCUUGCUGCUGCAGGCUCGUCUGUUCCAACUUCCUUUCCCUAUUACAGAUUAUUAUACGGACCUUAAGAGUGCCAUUGAUAACUCCAUGCGUAUCAUACAGGCUAUGAUCGACGUGGCAGCAGAGGAGGCGCAGCUGCAGUAUGCGCUGUACAUCAUCUUGCUGCUUCAGUGUAUACGCAGCGCAACCCACCCUGCGCGCAACAGUCUCUUCUGCUUACCCCGCAUUACAGAUGCGGUAGUUGCAGCACUGCAACAACAAGGGAUCCUCUCCCUUGCUCACCUGCUGGAGAACAAAUAUGCGUCCAUUGCUCUGAGUCGUGCUGGCUUGCAGCCGCCAGAAGUAAAUGACGUCUUGUCUGCACUUUCCCGCAUACCGCGCAUGCGAAUGCGGUGGUUCCUCUUUGCAGCAACACCAGCAGCAGCAACAGCAGACCCUACUGCAGCAGAAGCAGACACAGGAGCGGGUGAAGCUGAUGGAGCAAACCUGGACGACGCAGCAGAAGAGAAAGAAGAUAUCAUCUUCACUCAGCUAGAACUCCAAGUCCUUCAAGGACCAGACGGAGAGCCUAUCCGGGCGUUCUUAGUCCCUGCAGGAGCCGAUUUGCAGCUGGAGAUCCACCUGAGGUCCCUAGAGCCCGCUGCAGGGGGAGGGGCCACCGGAAAGGCAGCAAAGUCUGGCCGUCUCUCCAACUGGUUUGUGGUUUUGGGAGACCCUGAUGAGGCGGCAGAUGAACUUGUUGCUCUGCGCCGCGUGCGCAUGCGUCCUUCUGGUCGCACCAAAUUGACUCUCGAGUUCGUCCUUGAGGGAUUAGUGUUUGGCAUUAAGGGUUUACGGUUUUCUGCUCCGGAGGAGAAGGGGGAGAUAUUUUCUCUCUCUCUUUACUUAUGCAGUGACAACUACCUGGGUAUAGACCAAGAAGAGGUCUUAACAUUCAAAACAUACUAA